GAUUAGGCAGCAUAAAGACUUUCCUAUAGCUGGCAGUGUAAGUCUCUGAAGCCUUUGCUUACCUCCCAGUGCACCUACUCCCCCCUCACACGACCAACCCCGGACUGAUCGGGACGGCACACCAUUAGUUCCAGAAAAGGGCUUCACUGAUCAGGUUGGGUGUGGUCACAAUGGCCACAGCAAGUCCAACAUGGUAUCACUUGAACAUCAGCCGAGCCAAAGCUGAAGAGCUUCUUGCUAAAGCUGGAAUGGAUGGGAGUUUCUUGGUGAGGGGCAGUGAAUCAGUGGUUGGAGCGUAUGCACUUUGUCUGUUGUAUCUAAAACAAGUUUAUACAUAUCGAAUCUUACAGGAUGAGGAAGGUUUUCUGGCUGUUCAGACUGAGAAAGGGGUUCCGGUGAAGAAGUUCUCAUGCCUCAUGGAUCUGAUGUUAAACUACCAGCAACCAUACCAAGGACUGGUGACACCACUGCAAUAUCCUGUGGAGAGAGAAAAUGAGAAAGAGGUCAUAGAUGAUUUGUCAGAUGGUGAGGAUGAGAAACCGGCCUUGCCACCUCGUCCAUUCUCUGCUUCCAUGACUUCUUCUUCAGAGGCAGGAAAUACCUUAAUUCAACAACUGCAGGAGCGUUUGCAGGAGGGAAGUUUGAAAAGUGAUCAUGCUACCUUGGUGAAUGACUACUUGAAGACCAGUCUUCAGAAGGAUCUUGAUGCUGUCAAUUCAGGAACAACAAAUCUGUUACAUCUCAACAAGAGCCUAGUGAGAUUCUGCAAAGACCUAGACAGGGAAAUGGACCUGGUGUCUUACAACCUUGAGAUGUUAGUGCAAGUGUUCAGUGUCAAUACUCCUAGCAACCCACCCAAAAAAGAGGAACCUGUCAGUCCAAGCAGUUUGAGUGAGCUUGAAGUCAUCAUCAACAAGACGAAAAAUCUGGGCAAUUUGCUGUCUUGUGUAGAAGAACGGGUUGUGAGGGGAUUGCAGCACAUGGCGAUCACACAGAAGGUGGAAUUACCUGCUCUUUUCACGUCUUCUGAAAGCAGUGGACAGAAUUCGUCUAAACCUAUCCCAAUACAGAGUUUUGAGGUGAAAUUGGGAAAGACUCAGAAAUAUACGUUGAGUGUUGAUGUGGAUGGAGGCAAGCUGCAAAUCUCAAAGAAAGCCACUGGUUCACCUGAGGAAUCCAUCUCAUAUGAUAAAAUUUUGCAGCUGGUUAAAUAUCAGAGCUCACCAAACACAUUACAGAUCGUGACUGACAAAGAAAAUCAGAAAAAUCAGACGAGGGAUUUCAUUUUUGAAAAUGCUCGAAAACGAGAAGCAUUCUGUCAGCUACUUCAGCUGAUGAAGAACAUACAUUCUCAGCAGGAUGAGCCGGACAUGAUAUCCAUCUUUAUUGGAAGCUGGAACAUGGGUGCCGCUCAUCCUCCAAAGAGCAUUUCUUCCUGGCUUAUGUCAAAGGGUCUUGGACGCACGAGAGAUGAAACCACAGCCACAAUUCCUCAUGAUAUCUAUGUGAUUGGGACCCAGGAGAACUCAUUGGGUGACAAGGAGUGGGUGGAUUUCCUGCGGGCUGGGAUAAAAGAAGUGACAGAACAGAACUUCAAAGUGAUAGCCACACACUCACUGUGGAGUAUUAAAAUCGUAGUGCUGAUUAAACCAGACCAUGAGAAUCGAGUCAGUCACGUCAAUGUCAACAAUGUGAAAACUGGAAUAGCAAAUACAUUUGGGAAUAAGGGUGCAGUUGGUGUUUCAUUCCUCUUCAACGGGACGUCCCUGGGUUUUGUUAACUGUCAUUUAACAUCUGGCAGUGAAAAAGUGCUCAGACGAAACCAGAACUACUUGGACAUUCUCCGAUCGUUAUCAAUAGGAGAAAAGCAACUCAGUUCUUUUGACAUUGCUCUGCGCUUCACUCAUAUUUUCUGGUUUGGUGACCUAAACUAUCGACUUGAUAUGGACAUCCAGGAUGUUUUAAACUACAUCAGCAAAAAGGAAUUUGAAGCAAUACUGACUGUUGACCAACUGAAUUUGGAACAAGAGAAAGGAAAAGUGUUUCUGAACUUCAAUGAAGAAGAGAUCACUUUCCCUCCUACCUAUCGAUAUGAACGGAACACCAGAGACAUUUACUCAUGGCAGAAGCACAAAACCACUGGGAUAAAGAUAAAUGUUCCUUCUUGGUGUGAUAGGGUCCUGUGGAAAUCCUAUCCAGAAACAUAUAAUCAGUGUACUUCGUAUGGCUGCACAGAUGACAUCAUGACCAGUGACCAUUCUCCUGUCUUUUCUACAUUUGAAAUUGGAGUAACUUCUCAGUUUGUUUCUAAAAAAGGUCCUUGUAACAGCUCUGGACAAGCUUGCAUUGAGUUUGAGAUUAUUGAGGCCAUUGUGAAGACAACUUGCAAAACAAAGUUUUUCAUCGAAUUUCAUUCAAGUUGUUUGGAAGAGUUCAAGAAAAGUUUGGAUAAUGGUACCCAAUUCUGCAUUAAACAUGGAUUUCUGAGAGUUGAAUGGUCUGCACAUCAGUUGCCGAUGUUAUCUCCAAUUCUCUCUGAUAUUGAGUAUCUACAAGACCAGCACCUCCUAUUGACCAUAAAAUCCACAGAUGGAUAUGAAUCCUAUGGAGAGUGCUGUAUUGCACUGAAGUCCUUGAUCGGAAGCACGCCACAGAGGUUUGAGAUAGGUCUGUCUCACCUGGGAGAUGAGUCAGGAUCUAUCCGUGUGACGAUGAGGGUCGUUGUUCCUGCAGAGCGUAAACGAACUCGGGAACGCCUCUAUGAAUGGAUCAGUUCUGAAAGGGACGGAAGCAGAGCUUCAAAAGAUAAAGCUCAAGUAUCUAAGCCAAUUCAGGAAUGCACAAGAGGCAAUGGAAAAAAAUCUGGCCACAGCUCAACUUUCUCUGAAGAUGUCAGUGCGAUGUUUUCCAAUUCCCCUGAUGAUCAUGGGACGGCUGCCGCAGGAAGCAAAGGGAAGGGAGGUGAAGAGGCCAUUCAGCCAAGGUUGAAACCAAAUAACACUGCCGAUGAUGAUCCUCACUCAAACAGUUUCAACAACCCAGCCUAUUUUGUACUUGAAGGACUCUCCUACCAGUCUGGAAGCGGUGGUCAGGAAAGUCCAGGGAAUCCAGUGUCAAAACCUAUCCCUAGGAAUAAGAUACACCCUCUUCCUCCAACACCAAUGGAGAAGCCAAAGGACUUCUCCCUCCGACACUUAAACAAUGAAGGUGGAUCCUCUGAGCAUGAAGGCCCCUAUGAUCAAAGCCAACACAUGUUCCACAAAAUGACAGAAGUUGAAAUGCAGAACAAUCCACUUUAUGCCAGUACAGAAGAUGUAUGGGGUAAACCAGCUCAGGUUUCACCAGCCAAAGUAAGCCAAGAGCGGUUCAAGAAUGCAGCACCAGCUCGGGACCUCGCUGAGUUCAAAGCUCGCACUGUGGGCACGAGAAUCAGGCCUCAGAUGGCAGCAAAGAGUGGGCCUCAAGCUUCCCUGAUCAAUGAGGUCAGAGACAAGAUCAAUGAGAGGAGGCCAGAGGACCAAUCUCCGUCUGUCAGCCACAUGGCAAAAUCACUGAGUGAUAAGGACCGUCCUUCGAACAGAGGCGAGCUACCUGUUCCCAUUCGUGAACGUCCUGUCAAAAGCCCCCGGCUGCCAGCGAGAAACAAAGCACCAGAGGUUCAGCCUCGACCCACACGGACGGAUUAUGGGCAUCUGAAUGUGCCCCCACCACUGCCAGUCAAGAACAGGACAAUGGAGCAUGGGACUUCUGAGAACCGUAAUAGUUCUAGCAUCAUCUCAGACCUUCUGAAGCACUUGGGCUUGGAGAAAUAUGAAAGUGGUCUGAUUGAGAAUGGAUGGGAUAACUUGGAAUACUGGAGUGACAUCACUGAUGAUGAUUUACGUGAGGCUGGUGUCACUGAUGCCAAUCACAUGAAGAUCCUUUUGGAAUUAAAACCACAUAAUAAGUCUUGAAGAUACCCCAGCAAAAAAGGAAGAGGACCACUGGUUACUCUUUAUGGACCUUACCAUCAAAUUUAUCUUCAGAAAUAAGAUGAUAAGAUAAGAUUUCUUUAUUAGUCACAUGUACAUCGAAACACACAGUGAAAUGUAUCUUUGCUUAGAGUGUUCUGGGGGCAGCCUGCAAGCCUCGUCUAAACAAGAGAACAUUGAGUGAAAUAUUGAAUGAGAGCACAUCCUGAUGGUUCUUCAUGAUGUCUGGAAGAAACUGAGUGCCUAAAAGUGAAUGGAGGUUCUGGUAUAAUCCCAGCAGUGGAUGUCCUGGCGAAAUGAUGGUACCCUACUGGUGCUUUAUCUAGACUUUAAUACUGGUAGGGAGCAGAACCUCUGUUUGACUUUCCCUAGACAAUUGAUAGCUGGAGUCUGGGAUCUGAAUUGGGAGAAGGGAUGUUCUGAACAAUGUUAGUAUCAUUUUCAGGACAUUUUGGAGUAUGCUGACUGGAAGAUUAGUGUAAACUUAGGUGCAAUGUGUCCCUACAUGCUCUGUUGAAUAUAAUCCCUCCUAUUUUUAAAUUAGAGGGUUUUUUUGAGGUUUCCCAGCAUUUCCUCCACUGAGUGGGCAAACAAACAAAAGACCAAGGUCAAGACACAAGAGACUGAAGAUGCUGGAAUCUGGAGCAAAAAAUCAACCUGCUGGAGGAACUGCUGCUUGACCCACUGAGUUCCUCCAGCAGUUUGUUUUUUCGCAAGACCAAGGUCACUGCCAGAGCUUACAGGAAUGCCCAAGUAUUUCCUGUGAUUUUUACCUGCUGCUCUGCCCUCCUUGUGGGGAUAUCUCUGGUCUGAGUGUGGAAACUUUACCACAAAACACAGUCAAAAUUGCAAGCAAAUAGAUCCUUAAUCCAUCAACUGUGAUCCAGUGGACGGGAUCCCACACACUUUAUAGAUCAACAUCUGAUCUUCAUGGUUUUACGAUAAGAACCAGGCCAGCUCUAGAACUAGAAUGGUGACUCUGCCUGCCAUGCUUUGAAAGUGA